CUGGCUGAUGACGAGAUCGAAGAGCUGCGUGAUGCAUUCAACGAGUUUGACAAAGACAAAGACGGGCUGAUCAGUUGCAAGGACCUGGGGAACCUGAUGAGGACCAUGGGUUACAUGCCCACUGAGAUGGAGCUGAUCGAGCUCAGCCAAAACAUCAAUAUGAACCUUGGUGGAAGAGUUGACUUUGAGGACUUUGUGGAACUCAUGACCCCAAAGCUACUGGCAGAGACAGCUGGCAUGAUCGGUGUAAAGGAGCUCAAAGAUGCAUUUAAAGAGUUUGACAUGGAUGGAGAUGGAGAGAUCACGACGGAGGAGCUGCGGGCAGCUAUGACCAAGCUGAUGGGCGAGCACAUGAGCCGCAGAGAGAUCGAUGCCAUAGUGAAAGAGGCCGAUGACAAUGGAGAUGGAACUGUAGACUUUGAAGCAUCAUCUGUCCGAAGCCACGGCUUCCUGACAAGCGAGCGAAAAUCCUUUCUGAAACCAUUUGCUCAUUUCUCCUCAACCCGCUGCCUCUCCCAUUCCGCGCGUUGCAGCGGCCCGAUGGAGUUGAAGGAGGUUCUGCAGGUGUUGGAGCAGCUCGCUCCUCUCUCCCUCGCCGAGUCCUGGGAUAAUGUCGGUCUGCUGGUAGAGCCGAGCCAAUCGCGGCCCAUCAAAACCAUCCUGCUGACCAACGACCUCACGGAAGCUGUCAUGGAGGAGGCCGAGGCGCUGAGCUGCGACCUCGUCGUUUCAUAUCACCCGCCAUUGUUUCGGCCUAUCAAGCGAUUGGUUCAGAGAGACUGGAAGCAGAGGCUGGCCAUCCGGGCUGUGGAGGCUGGGAUGGCUGUCUUUUCCCCUCACACGUCAUGGGACAGCGUGAGAGGAGGGGUGAACGACUGGCUGGUGGGCGGCCUCGGCAGCGGCCAGGUUUCUGUUUUGAGUCAGGCACUUGGUGACGCCUCCCACAGUCACAAACUGGAAUUCGUGGUCAGGAGCUCAGAGGAACUCCACGCUGUCAUGGAGGAACUGAAGGCAUGCGACGAUGGAACAACCCUGCAAACGUCAGUCAGCAGAGCAGACAGCAGUGAGCUCCACGUGAGCGUGACCUGCCGUGACUCGGCGCUGACCCCGAGCGUCCAGGCCCUGCUACGGCACAGCUCUGCCAGCCACUCUCUCAGCAUCCUGAAGCUGGAGAAGCCGCCUCUGAUGGGCCACGGCCAGGGCCGGCGAAGCGUUUUAGACCAGCCGGUAACCGUGGCAACAGCCAUCCAGAAAGUGAAGUCCCACUUGGGUUUAAGUCACCUCCGGUUGGCUCUGGGAUCAGGGCAGACGCUUGACUCUUCUGUGCGUACGGUGGCGGUCUGCGCUGGCUCGGGGGCUUCUGUGCUGAGCGGAGUCACAGCGGACCUCUACGUUACAGGAGAGAUGUCCCACCACGAAGUGCUGGACGCAGUGGCAAAGGGGACCAGCGUCCUCCUCAGUGAGCACAGUAACAGUGAGCGCGGCUUCCUGAGCGUGUUCAGGGAGAGGCUGGCCGUCCGCGUCCCCGACAGCAUAACGGUGGUGGUGUCAAAGGCAGACCGAGACCCUCUGGAGGUGGUCUGACCGUCUAUUUGUCUGCGACGUAACAUGAAUCCAAACGUAUCUAUUAUCUCUUGGCAUCACAAGAAAAACUGUGUAUAGUAAACUUCACACACAUGCAAUGAUAAAAUAAAAGUGCCUCCUUCGGGACAUCUUCUGCAUGUUUUUCAGGCCGUGGCUAAAUAAAGGAUUUUUCUUGA